ACUAUUAAAUACAGACCUCCGGCGGCUGCACGGAACCAUUACGAAGACGUACAACAGCAAAUCAACAUGGACGUGAGAGAUGCCAACGCCGCGAUGCUGAGCAACUAUGAGGUGUAUCACCUCCUCACAGAUCUCAAAGAGAAGAGGAAAGAGAGCGGUAAAAAGCACAGCUCUGGACAGCAGAAUUUAAACACCAUCAUGUAUGAGACGCUGAAGUAUCUCUCCAAAACGGCAUGUUCGCGUCAGAGUCCAGAAAAUGUGAAGGAUUUUCUCACCACGAUGCAAGAGCACAAACUCACCAAGGCUGAAAAGCUUCAGCUGUUAAACCACAGGCCCCAAACUGCAGUGGAGAUCCAGCUGAUGGUGGAGGAGAGUGAGGAGAGGCUGUCUGAGGAGCAGAUUGAGGAGCUGAUUCAGAAGGUGACGGAGAUCCUACCAGGAGACCCGGAACAGGAGGCGCAGGAGGAGGAGAUGGAGGCCCAAGCAGACCAGUAGAGCUGUGUGUGUGUAAUGUGUGAUGUGAUUUGUUUUGAAAGGUGUGUGUGUGUGUGUGUGUGUUCGUUCGUUCCAAGACUGUGAUACCACUGUUGAUGCGAGACAAAUAUUUAUUUUAGAUUUCAUUUUGUACAACAAAAUAAUUAAAAAAUGGAUAGUACCCGGUUCACAUUUGAA